AUGAUCUCCACGUUUGCAACUGUCUUACUGACCCUCAUUGCUACCUCUGCGGUCUCUGCCCGUGUCGUUCCUCGUGCCACUGCCCCUUCAGGCUGGGACACUGCGGCUCUCGAGCCCUAUGAUACCUAUCAUUGCAGGUACCUCUCAAUCGAUUGUCAAGACCAACAUGGCACCACCUUCUUUGAUCAGUGCUGCCACCCCCUCCAGGCCAAUGAAAGCGUCGAUGUUCUUCCCUCUCAAUGCCAAAUGCCCUCUGGCGUCACGUGCAACAAUGGCGAACCUGUGACGACUGGUGGGAGUGACGAUGGCGAUUGUGGUGAUGAGCCCUCAUCGUCCUCAACAGCUUAUACUCCCGCACCCUCUACGAGCAGCACCCUUGUAGUGGCUACUCCUGCACCCUCCACGAGCAGCACCCCCGUAGUGGCUACUCCUACACCCUCCACGAGCAGCACCCUGGUGGCAGCUACUCCUGCUCCUACUACAACCAGUGCCCCCGUGAACGUUGCCCCUGUUCCCACUUCAACGUAUGCACCCGCGCCCACCUCGCCCUCGACUGCCUCCAGCAACAGCGGCCUUACCUAUGGCGGAUAUGCAACCUACUUCUACCAGAACGGCAACGCAGGUGCAUGUGGAACCGUCCACUCUGAUUCUGACUAUAUCUGCGCUAUGGACCAGGCCCUUUAUGGCAACUCUGGCAAUGCUUCCCCUCUUUGUGGUAAACAGGUUCAGAUUACCAACCUGAGCAACGGCAAGAUGGUUACUGUGACUGUAGCUGAUGACUGCCCGACUUGCGACAAUGCGGAAUCCAUCGAUCUUUCUGUUGCUGCCUUUGAAGCCAUCAGUGAUCUCAGCACCGGUGAAGUCUCCAUUGCGUGGGAGUACCUUUAA